AUGGACCUGCCAUCAGAUGCUCUUGAUGCAGAUACAUCUGUAACCGAAGUUGAUGAUCCCACUGUUGUAGUAGAUACGCACACAAAACAAGCGAUUCAGUUUGAACACCAUAUUGUCUAUUCGACUUCAUAUCAAGUACCUGUUCUUUAUUUCAAAGCAACUCAUUUAGAUGGUACACCCUUAUCACCACAGCACAUAGAUAGACUAAGCCAAGCCAGGUUGUCUCAGUUAGACCACCCUGUCCUCGGUACUCCCUUUUGGUAUAUUCACCCUUGCGAUACACGCAUUGCCAUGAGCACAUUCAAAUUCAAACGAGAAGAUUAUAUCAAGACAUGGCUAUCUCUCUUUGGUCCUCUUGUUCAAUGUCCAUUAUCAUUGGCUUUAUUCGCAUAA